ACCGACAUCCAUGCAGGCCCAGCAGCCGAUUGCCUCCUCGACCACUUAUCUUUUUGAGACAAAAAAGAGAUCCACAAUCACGGAUAUCAAAACCGAUUCACCCAGUCUCAAUUAUCUCUUUCCCUGACCGGGUGUUGCCACCACUAGAACCUUGCUGCCGUGGAGAUCUCUGCCACCAUCAUUGCAUAUUUGCUUGUGAAUGCCGCUUUUUCCUCAUCGGACUUGCCUUCCUAGCUCGCGUGCUACCCUGGCCUUACCUCGGUCCUGGAUCUCUCAACAAUUCCUGUCUACCCAAAUCGUCCCGAGAUCCUUGCUCCGGUCAACGUCCCGUGCGUGUUCACAAUCCCCGGUACCUAUAUUAUCUCGGUAUCUCUCAGGCCCACCCUCAUCUUCCCUGCCAACUAUCUCUCCCGACCAAAUCACGAUGGGCUCUCUCGGACCGUACAAUCGCAAGCACAAGGUGACUGUGGUAGGCUCAGGAAACUGGGGCACCGCUAUUGCCAAGAUCGUUGCCGAAAAUACCGCCAGCAACCCUGCGAUUUUCGAGGAGAAAGUGGAGAUGUGGGUUUUCGAAGAAAAGGUUGAGAUAUCCAAGUCCUCUCCACACUACGACGCCACCUCGCCGCUCUGCCAGGGACCUCAGAACCUGACGGACGUGAUCAAUCAAGCGCACGAGAACAUCAAAUAUCUACCUGGAAUCGCUCUGCCGAAGAAUUUGCAUGCGAACCCAUCGCUGGUGGAUGCAGUCAAGGACAGUACGAUCCUGGUGUUCAACCUUCCACAUCAGUUCAUUAUCAAGACAUGUGAGCAGAUUAAGGGCAAAAUUGUCCCAUACGCGCGUGGAAUUUCCUGCAUCAAGGGUGUGGAUGUGAACGAGGAGGGAAUCAGUCUAUUCUCAGAGACCAUUGGCAAGAUUCUGGGGAUCUACUGUGGUGCUUUAUCCGGUGCGAAUAUCGCCAGCGAAGUUGCCCAAGAGAAAUGGUCCGAGUCUAGCAUUGGCUACGAUCCCCCCCGAUUUGACUCCCAGGCUCCCUCGCCAAAUCGCUCACCUUCCGCCUCCACUGAAGAUAUUGUGCACUUCGAACAUAAGGAUGUUUCAGGGCAGCUUUCGCGAGUUAAGCUUCAAGCUUUGCCGUCGGAUUUCCCUCCCAUCGAUCACGCCGUUCUCAAGACCCUUUUCCACCGUCCUUACUUCCAUAUCCGUGUGGUGAGCGAUGUGGCAGGAGUUUCUCUCGGAGGCGCUCUCAAGAACGUCGUCGCCAUCGCAGCCGGCUGGGUUGAAGGUAUGGGAUGGGGUGACAAUGCCAAGGCAGCCAUUAUGCGGGUCGGAUUGUUGGAAAUGGUUAAAUUCGGCGAGCAAUUCUUCGGAGCGACCAUCAACACGCGAACAUUCACCGAAGAGAGCGCCGGUGUUGCCGAUCUAAUUACUAGCUGCAGCGGCGGCCGUAAUUUCCGUUGUGCAAAGCUCAGCAUUGAGCGAAAGCUCCCAAUCGAGAAAAUCGAAGAAACCGAACUUAACGGCCAAAAGCUGCAGGGCACGCUAACUGCGGUUGAAGUAAACAGUUUCCUAAAGAAGCAAGGGCUCGAGGAAGAAUUCCCGUUGCUUACGGCAGUUUACCGAGUUUUACAAGGCACCAUGUCUGUUGAGGAGAUUCCCUCCUACAUUGAGCGCAAGCCGAUUAUUCCUGCAUUUUCUGGAUUGGACGGGAAGAAUAACAGUGGCAUGGAUCAGGUAUUCUUGGGAGCCAGGUUGUGAAAGCGCUAUAUAUAUAUACACAGCA